AUGGUCAGCUGUGCGCUCAUUGCUUGUGCGCACCCCGCCGGCGCUGAAAGGCAACUAGUCAGCGGCAUCAAUCUGUGGGAAGAUUUGGAGGAUAUGCCUUGGGCUCUUGGUACCGCGACUGCCUUCCUUCGUCUUCCGCUCCACCUCACACGUCGCUACAACGGAAGGAGCUUCUUCAUCCUCGCAACCGGCAAAGCAGCGGCGAGGUAUUAA